AAGUUUAAAACAAGGAGGGAGUAGAAAAGCCACCCUAUCAGCUAUUUCCGUCGCAAAUAACCCCCAAGGAUCAACGCACUACCAGUACCAGCCCGCAAACCCCGACGAACUUCAUACCACCCACUGCUUCAACAGAAUUUCAACAAGUUUGAGGGCUUGACUUAGCAGAGUCAACUUAUAUUGUUAUAAGGUGAUAAAAGGGGAUUAUGUGGGCAUAAUCCAGAAUUUGGAAGUUGCUAUGGAAGCUGCACUCUACUGCACGCCUCUUAGAUCCUCCUUAUCCUCUACUUCGUCACCUUCACUCUUUCCUCGUCCUCUUAUUCAAAAGAAAGUAAAACGCCUGCCUUAUGUGUCCCAAAUUCUUGACAAUGCUGACAGCUCUGCUCCGGCGAAGACCCCCUCAAAAUCUGUUACUCGUCGUCUGAUUCUAUUGCGUCAUGCGGAGAGCUCAUGGAAUGAUCAUUCUUUACGGGACCAUGAUCGUCCACUGAGUAAAGCUGGUCGUGCUGAUGCUGCUGAUGUCUCAUACAGACUUCAACUCUUAGGUUGGGUCCCUGAGCUGAUCUUAUGCAGUGAUGCCACAAGGACAAAGGAGACACUCUUGGUUAUGCAAGAGCGAGUCAGGGGGCUCUUACAGGCUGCAGUACAUUUCAUCCCUAGUUUUUAUUCGAUUGCUGCUAUGGAUGGGCAGACUGCUGAACACCUCCAAAAGAUGGUUUGCAAAUUCUCUUCAGAUGACAUUUUUACAGUUAUGUGUAUGGGACAUAACAAAGGAUGGGAGGAAGCAGCCUCCACGUUCACUGGUUCAGUAAUUGAAUUGGAUACGUGCAAUGCUGCUUUGCUUGAAGCCACUGGGAAAUCCUGGGAAGAGGCUUUUGAGUCGUCUGGACUUGGAGGAUGGAAGCUAAAAGGCCUUGUUAAGCCAAAUAGCAACCCUGAGAACUAUGUUCCUACGUGAAUCCUUUCUAAAAACGAAAAAAGUGUCCAGUAGCAACCAUAUGCAACUCUUGUUGCCUGGUGUAGCUCCUAAGUUGAAUCAGCGUCGUUAGGGCUGAACAGGCAAUUACAUACAAGGAUAGGCGGCCAUAUUGUCAACUGUUCAGGUCCAAUCACUUCUUUUAGUCGGAAAUGUGAAGCUUGAUCCAAACCUACGAUGUAUUGCAUACUUCAUUGUGAAAAAAAUAAAAAUAAAUUGUGUAUAGCGCUCUCAUUAAUCAUAGAUUCAUAGAAACGGUUUAGUGGGUAACACUUUACAUUUUUUUUGAUAUCUAUAGCAUUUUUUGCAUGUUAAAUCACAUCUUAAAAAUUUCAUGUAGCCUUUCAAUGAUUAAAAAAUAAAUUGAUCUCCUUGUCCAUUA